AUGAUUGCCAAACAAUUUGAAUGGGGGGUGUUCUAUGAAAUAUUUGUUGAUGGGUUCAGUCAUGACUAUAAGGACUUAGAACACGUUCAAUCGAAAAAACAAGGGGGUACUAUAAGUGGGAUAACACGAAGACUCGACUAUUUGAAACAAUUGAAUGUGACGUCAGUGUUAUUUACUACACCACCAACUCUGUCUUUGUCUUCACUCAAAAGUGUGACAUCACAAAUGCACUCGAACAACAUUUCACUCUUCAUGCGACUUACAGAACAACUGGAAGCCAAAAGUGAGGUAUUUAAUUCAGAAGUAGAUGGGUUGUUUAUCACACAUCCACUUAACAACUCGGCACUCUGUCAAUCGGUCUUCUCGCAAUUAAAUAAAUUCAAAAAGCGUCCAAUACUUAUUGCAGAUGAAAAUUUGGGAGAGGCACUGAAGUACAAUUCAAACGUAUUAAAAACAGUAAAGUGGUUCCAUGACUAUAUAGCUGGCUAUUUCACACAAGAAUGUCUCCAAAUGUAUUUGUCGACUAAAUAUGAUGGUGUGGUCGAUUACGCUGGUCAAAGAAUAGCUCACAAAUACUCUAAAGAACGUGGAGUGUUCAGGUUCUUACCAGAGUUCCUAAGUGCAUUCUUUUACAACGCACAUGUGUAUCUCUACCCACAGAAAACUGUUCUGGUCACUCCAACAUUCAGAUCAAAAUUUUCAAAAGACGAGAUGUCACUCACAGCACGGUUUCCUAACCCAAUGCUGAUCCAGAUGGGAGUCGAACUCAACCAAACUGACAAACACAAGAAUACGUUAUAUUGGUCUGCUAUCGAUUAUAACCAAUCCGCCAAAGAAAGGUUCUACUACAGCAUGAAGCUCUUCCAAACAAGAAAAGACACUGCGGCUGGGAUUUCGACAAUAUUUACCAUCAAAAACGACUUCUUAAUUGACUGA